AUGGAGCUAUGGCCAUUUAGCCGCCGUAUCCAGCUACUGGACGUCGGUGCGAUUGCAGGCACGGCGUAUGCUAAGUGGAAGCACAAGUUUGACGUGACAAGUAUCGACAUACAGCCGCGUGCGCCGCAUGUGCUGCAAGCUGACUUUUUCGACUUUCCCAUGCCAGCGAGGGAAGAGGAGCGAUUCGAUGUCAUUGGAUUGAGCCUCGUGAUCAAUUUCGUGGGCGAUUUGGCCAAGCGAGGCGACAUGCUUCUGCACGCGCACAGAUACCUGAGACGCGGUGGGUACGUGUAUGUCGUGCUACCUCUACCAUGUCUGACGAAUAGUCGGUACAUGACGCACGACCAUUUUGCCAGGUUGGUACGUGCUACCGGCUACGACGUUGUACGCAACGAGGACAGUCAUCGCCUUACGCGCUGGCUUUUACAGGAAUCUGAGCCACGUACGGCCAUUUCCCCCGACACGGAUGUAAGCCGCGCGUUUUGGGACGGCACCGUCUUGGCGAAGCGCCAGCUUCGACCCGGCGCCCAGCGCAACAAUUUUUGCAUGCUGCUCAGCCCCGCUUGA